UAUGAUUUGUAUUAAGAAAAAUCUACUUUUCCAUGACUCAUUUUAAGUUGAGUUUCUAUCUGAUCGUAUAAGAUUAUCCAAUGUAGAAACUUUAAUAUUUAUGUUUAGCCCAAGAAAAUGGUUCAACACACUAUAAAACUACAUGGUAAUUCAUUUAUUGAAUGGAAAUUGUCGAAAUGUUAAUCAAAAUUAAUUGGGUUUGGAAUUUUAGUGAAUGGUUAAUUGGAAUAUUUCGAGAUGGAUCAAAUUCAUUUAGAACUAUUCAAAUAGUUUCUGGAUGCAAAAAUUUCUUAUCGAAAUAUACACAAAAUAUAUUAGAUGAUAUCAUUUUGUGGCAGAGGAACUUAUGGACAUGUAAAUUUUGUUGUUAUUUAUUAUAGGUAUUUAAAUAUAAGAAUCGUUUAAGUGGUGAAUAUGUAGCAUGUAAAUCUCUGAAGAUAGGACGUACAAACAAUUAUGAAGUAAAUAUUUGAUAGAUUUGAUUAGGACUUUAUGAUAGAAGUUAAAGCAUUGUAGACUUUAAAACAUCCAAAGAUAGUUAAGAUGAAAGAAUAUUAUGUGGAGAGUAAACAUUUUUAUAUAGUGAUGGAAUAUUUGGAAGGAAAAUCACUUAGAGAAUUGUUGAGGUAGAGAAUUCUAAAGGACUAAGAAAUCAUUUUAAUUUUAAAAGUAAAUAUCUAUUUUAUUUUAGUAAUUAUUACAUUGUAUUAAUUAUAUACACAAAGAAGGGUAUGUAUAUAGAGACUUGAAAUAAGAAAACGUUUUAUUUGCAGAAUCUGAUAAUUUAGAAACUUUGAAAUUGAUUGAUUUUGGAAUAGCUGUGACAAAGACAGAUUUCAUAAAUUAAACUAAUAGAGUUUGUGGAACACCUGGAUAUAUGGCACCUGAAAUGAUGAAGACUUAAAGUUUAUAAGAUGAAAGGAUUGAUAUAUUUGGAUUGGGAGUUCUAUUAUGGGAAAUGUAAAAGAUUUAAAUUUUAUAAUUAAUAGGAUUCACAAUUGUAGAUUUUUUGAAGGAACUGAUUUAGAAGAUAUAUAUAGAUUAAAUGAGGAAUAUGUAUUUUGUAUAGAAUAUACACAAAAUAUUGAAAAUCCAAUUUUGAGAUAUUUAGUUGAGAGGAUGUUAUAGCAUAAUCCAGAAUAAAGAAUCACAAUAAUUGAUGCUUUAAGUUAUUUGAAUCGAGUAGAUAUGAAUAAUUGUGAAUACAUAAAAGAUUAUGACAAUAUUAGUACAGAUUGAA